CGGGUGCGGAGAGGACAUCGGGCCCGAGACAUUCCCUCGGCGCUGCACUCAGGUACUCCCUCCAGGUGGAUUCGCAGCUCCUGUAGCUUUUGCUCCUGACCACACCCGGACCUCUCCAGGGGGACCUCCCUGGUCUAAGCCAGCUUUGGUCUCACCAGGAUUACGGCUGCCAUCCCAUCCUCACUGUGUACUUCCACUUGUGCCCCUUCAACAGAAAGUGUAAAUCAGCUCUCAUCUCCCCACUGAUUCAAGUCCUCCGAAGACUGCCCAGCUGCAAUUACAGCAAAUCCCAAACAUUUUACCUCGGUCUUUAGGACUAGGUGGAAUUCUCCAAAAUGUCAGGUGUUGUCCCCACAGCCCCGGAACAACCUACAGAUGAAAGGGAGAAUCAGAUAAAAUCUCCUGAUCCAAGGCCUGAUGCUCCUCCUGACUACAAUUCCCAUUUUAUACCAGGACCCCCUGGACCAGCUAUCCCUGUACCUGCAGGUUACCCAGGAGGCUUGCCUGUGGGAUACUACAGCCCGCAGCAGCCCUGCGCCUUCCCCUCAUACCAGCUACGAGCUGGUAUCCAUCCUAUCCAGUACCAGCCUGGCAAAUAUCAUAUGCCAAAUCAGCCUGUUCCAAUCCCGUGGAUGCCAGGCCCUGCUCUUCUGCCGAACUGUCCUCCUGGUCUGGAAUAUUUAACCCAGUUGGACAGCAUACACGUCCUUCAGCAUUUUGAGCCUCUGGAAAUGAUGACAUCUUUUGAAACUAAUAAUAGAUAUGAUAUUAAAAACAAUCUGGACCAAAUGGUUUACAUCGUAACUGAAGACACAGACGACUUUACCAGAAAUGCUUAUCGGACUCUAAGGCCCUUCGUCCUCCGGGUCACCGACUGUAUGGGCCGAGAAAUCAUGACAAUGCAGAGACCUUUCAGAUGUACCUGCUGUUGCCUCUGUUGUCCCUCCGCCAGGCAAGAGCUGGAGGUACAGUGUCCUCCCGGUGUCACCAUUGGCUUUGUGGCGGAACACUGGAACCUGUGCAGGGCAGUUUACAGCAUCCAGAAUGAGAAGAAAGACAAUGUGAUGAGAGUCCGCGGGCCAUGUUCAACCUAUGGCUGUGGUUCAGAUUCAGUUUUUGAGGUCAAAUCCCUUGACGGCAUGUCCAGCAUCGGCAGCAUUAUUAGGAAGUGGAACGGUCUCUUAUCAGCAAUGGGGGACGCUGACCACUUUGAAAUUCACUUCCCGUUAGAUCUGGAUGUGAAGAUGAAAGCCAUGAUUUUUGGAGCUUGCUUCCUCAUUGACUUCAUGUAUUUUGAAAGGUCCCCACACAACAUUCAUCAAGAUAGAUGGACACCGAAAAUCAGCAAUUAUGGCUCAUAAAAAAAAGUAGAAAAUUGGAUCGGGCUUAUAAUUCCCUGAAUUAUUUGCGAAUAUAUGUGUCUGCUUCUGCAGGUUUUUUUCACUGGGUAUUAGCUCUAACAGGCUAAGAGUGUUAAGAGCAAGAAUACAAUCUAAACAUGUUUCAAUUGAUUUUAUCUGUCCUUUGUCCUCUUGGUGGACUAGGCGUUCACCUUGAAAAAGCUAUGACUCAAUAACCAGGUUAAACACAUUACAGUAAGCUUGAAAACACUUUACCAUGACAUAAGGGAAAAUGAAUCCCAGAGUUCUCACAUUAAUAAGUCAUGAAAUGAUGAGCUUUUUAGAGCAGUCUUUGAGAUAGAGUAAUAUAACUUUUAUCCCUAACCCUGUCCUCCCUCUCCUACCUCUUGUCCUGUUACUGAAGACAAAUUUGAUUCCAGGUGAAAAGAAUGAUACUCUUGAUCUUUAAAAACAAAAAGGAAGACAGACCAAAACACUAUGUAUUUACUGUACAAGGAAACAUUUACUUGUGCAUAUGUAUCAAAACCCUGUUUUGCGAGUUUCUAAGUUCCCUUGGAAAUUUUCAUUUUUUUACCAGAUAAAUUUCUUUUUUUUUUUUUUUUAAUCAUAAGGUUUGUAUUUUCCAUGCGUAUUCCCUCAUUCAUCAGCAUGGUCAGUCAGGACCUGCCUCUAUAUGGAGUCAGGGUCAGACUCUCAAGAAAAGAGGUGACAAGGGCUACAGCCAUUCUAGAUCUCUGAGCAUCUUAGAGAUACCAGUGCCCUUAUAAGGAGGUUGCAUUUAAUCUGUUUCAUCUCUCUUGGUCACAAAUGCCUUAUAUAUAAAAUAUGUUUGGCCAAAUCUCUAAGAUUGCCUUUUGAAUCUUUGUUUCUCAUUUGAUGUGACACAGAGAAGAUAAUUGGGUUUUGGUUUUUUUUUUUAACUUCCAAGAAUAUCCCUGAUAACCACUGUGCUUUUUUAAUAGCAAGAGUUAGGGUUUUGUUACUAAAUUUUGAAAUGUGACAUUCUGUGUAGCACUUUGUAAAAGCAAAACCUCUAAAUCUUGACGUUGUUUAAUAUUUCUUAGCUGCUUUUUAUUUAGAUGAUAAAUCUGUUAUCUAUGCAAAGAAAAGAAUAAAACACAGCAAACAUGCUGCUUCUCUGUGAACUGUAGCUGACCAGUAAAAUUAUGUAGGAUCACCAUAGUUAAAGUAUGUACUUGUUUUUAUUAUCUAGUUAAAAGCAUAGAGUAUUAGUGAAUAAACUCUAAUGAGUCAACCUGCCUCUUUUGCAUUCUACCUUCCUAUCUGGACAUGGACUGUGUUCUUUCAACACAGCCAGUAUAUUGAAUGAAAUGUAUACUUACUGUUAAGUAAAACAAGCCUGAGUGUUCUCCAAUGGGAUUAUUCAGAGAUGAGGGCCUUUGCCCAUAGUUCCUCUUGAAGUCAAAGAAAGGUGCUUCAUUUUUAAAUUAUAUUUAUCUUUUCAUAGUGAAGUUGUUUUACUCAGUUUCUGGUAAUUUUUAUUUUUAGGUGCUACUACUAGCUUUUUUUUUUUUUUUAAAAAGUAAAACUGCUGCUUUCUAAAAAAAUAAUUAUAUUUGAAAGUAUAAUUGCAGUCUUAGACAUAUAUAUUAUUUCUUAUAAUAAUGUUUGACAUUUUAUAUAUGAAAUCAGACAAAUAGUACUGAGAAAGUUUAUCUCUAUAAACCUUCUUUUUACUUGCCCAUAUUCCUACAUCCCAAGACCUACUGUGUAAUACUAAAAAAAAAAAAAAAUUAACA